CCGGAUAUUUGAACCAACCGCCUAAGUUCAAAACACACAUCGGCCUUACGGGGUUUGCAGUAAUGGCAACGAAAGAAAAGUCUGUUGGGUGUCAAAAAAACAAAAACAAGACGUUUGAAGUAUGUAGUAUUAAUUCUAGUGCAGUUGAAGAAAAACUCUUCGGCCGAGCGGAUAAAGAAGUAGAGGAAGACGAUGACGGGCCCGUGGUUUUUAUCUGUGGGAAGUGCAGGCUGCCUGUUGGAGAUUCAAUGUCCUGGGAUGGAAGUGAAGACGAACAGAACCAAAUAAAACUAAAGCGGGUUACCAACAACGUUAUCAUUGGAAAGGACACUCGCUUCUUUGAACUGAACAAACGAUCAGUUUGCCUGGUUUUGGAUCUCAUCUGUCGCAGCUGCCACUCGGUGCUUGGCAUGGUCUACACAUCUACGCCCAGGAACCUGGACCACAAGAGGUCCACUUUCUGUCUCAGUGUGGCCAACAUCGACAGCUAUGUACUCGGCUCUGGAGCCCAGAUGUUGGCAGCAGAGGGCCCCAAAGAGCAGCUGGUAACAGUGGAGUACAGGCACAGUGUUGAACAACAGUUGACAGAGAUGAAAUUGCUCGUUGUGUCCAUGGCACAGCGGCUGGAGCAGAUCGAAGCCGGCCUUAAGAAGGGAUGCGAUGAGGCUUGACAACGAUGGGCGUCAAGUCAUCUGUGAUACUGUUUAUUUCCAGGAGAACAUUUUGUCCCAGUUACACCUUGUUCACAUGAACGUAAAGCUGCACACAUACUCACACCAUCUACUGGGCUUUGUCCUAAAAACCAGCGGUGAAACAAAGACUGCCUGCUCUUGUAAUCAAUCAUCUUGCCACCUCGGCUCCUUGCGGCUUGCAGCGUCUGCUCUGUGGGUCCGGUGCAGAAUAAAUGUGUGCCAUGAGCAGAAUGUUUAUUUGUGCAGGAUGUUAUCAGCCGGGCUGCACACUCAGCACAAUGCGGUAUUGAUCUGACCACUUGAGGCCACACACUCUUCGUCUCUUCUUUGUUCUGUUCCUCGAGUGUGUAGCGUUUUUAGCCUUGCAGAUUUACAGAGGAUGUUUUGUUUGUCAUUAGAGCAGAAUGUGAUCAUAAUGAAAUAACUUGUAUAGCACCUUUUUCAUUUGUUGCAUUGUCUCAUUGUUGUUUUUAAGCUUCGUUGAUUGUGCACCUGUUCUUGUGUAAUAAAAGUUUUGCUAACUUCAA